AUGGACGUCAGAGUGACCCCAAGACGGCACAACCCUGUGGACAGCAUCUGCCGCAAGCUUCAGACCAUCCAGCGGCGUGAUCAAGAAAUUAACUCGCCUUUUCAGAUCCCCAAGUUCCAGUCCAGCAGCUACGACAGCCCUCACUCAGGGCUGCGCAUCAACCUGGAGACCAUCCUGAAGAACCGUGGCAUCCGAGCUGAUGAAGACUCUGACUCCUCUGCUGGCAUGCUGACCCCCACUGCCUCCCAUGGGCCGGGGUCUGGCACCCACACCCCUUAUGUUCCCAUCACCCCAGCCAAAGCCACCUACACCAUCACCAGCAUGCUGGGCAAUUUAGGCACACUAGGGGAGAGGAAAACCACUGCACAGACAUGUAGCCGACCAUUUCUACACAACUGCUCCACCCCAGCAGCCCAGACUGGGGACAAUUAUUUUAAUUUUACCCCACGUUACACCACACAAACGCAGGUCGAGGGGCCCAACACAAAUAUAAAAACUGGGAAAAUCCCAACUUCUGGUCUGCUCUCAUAUAACCUGAACUUUUCCUCUGAUAUUUCUAACAUGGACAGAAAACUCCCGUACCCAGCCCUUGUGGUGAAGAGACAUUCACUGGGCGAUGGAUCUCUGUUUCCCUCUGAGCCCAAGAAAGCGAGCAUGGCAGAGGUCCGUCUGAUUUGUGAGGAAGACCUGUUGGACACCAUUUUCCAAGCCUGUGAUACACAGUGCAGAGGUAAAGUUUACGUGUCGCACAUUGUGGACUUCUUGAGACACACCACCUGUCGCAGUUCAGAGGACAGUGGCCUAGAGGAGUUCUGCAAUAUGCUGGAUCCAGAGCACAAGGACAUUUCCAUAGACCUUGACACGUACCAUGGCAUCAUGAAGGAGUGGAUAGAUGACUGUCGCAACCAGGGAGAGACAUCCGAUCUGAUGUUCUGUGUGGCAGAUCUGCAGCUGAAUAACCAGAAGCUCCAGGAGGAGGUUCGUAAACUGAAUCAGGUGUCGGAGAACAUGGAGGACACCAACCAGAAACUUAUCGAGGAAAAUGAAGAGCUCAAGGUUCAAGCCAAAAUGGGGCUGCAGUUAUUACAGAAGGAGAAGAUGCUGAAAGAGGAAGUUGAGGAGAUGAACUUGAGCCUGACGUCCUCUGAAGAGAGUCAAGCUCAAGCCUCAGCUCAGAGAAAGCAGCUGGAGCGAGAAAACCAGUGCCUCAUAUCCAAGAUUGCAGCUCUACAGGAGGAGAACAUGAAAGUUACACUGGAUGAGGAGGAUCUCCAGAAAAAGAUGAUUGACCUUUGUGACCUCAAUGCUGACCUUCAGGUCCAAGUUCAUUCAUUUGAUGCAGUUCUGGCCGAGAAAGAGUCAAUAAUGCAGGAGAAAAAUAAACAGAUCGAUGAUCUGAAGGAGGCCAUUGUGGAGUAUUCCUCAGUUACAGAGUUGCUGAGAGCAGAGAAGAACAAACUGGAGCGUCAGAUGCACAUGAUGCUGCCUGAUAUGAGCAUCCCGGGUCUUUCACUCUCAUACAGACUCAAUCUGAUGAGUUCAGGCUCUCUUCAGACAGAGCUGGCACUGGUACAAAAUCCCCUGGAGGGUUUGGAGCAUCUCUCCUCCUCUGUCUGUUUUACAUCUUCUCUGGAUGAGACUUUAGAUCGUGAAGUUCUUCUGCUCCUUCAAAGCCCGACGCCGGAGCAGUUGUCUCUGGAGUUUAAAGCUCUGAUCAGCAGACUGAAGAGAGAGUUUAAGCAAGACGGGGUGACCCUUCUCACAGCACUCAGAGGCCUUUCAGAGAGCACAGAAUCUCAGGAGGCAAAUUCUGUCCUCAAGCUGCAGGGCCUGGAGGUGCAGCUUGAACAGAGGAGGAGUGACUGGACCCGCAGUCUGGAUCAGUUGGACCAGUACACAGACUCUAAGGAGAAGGAGCUUCUGAAGAUGGCCAGCAACAUGCAACAGUCCCGUACAGAGAUCCUGCACCUGUCUGUCAAGGUACAAGAGCAGGAGAAUCAGAAGCAGCAGUUGCAAGAGGAACUUGACCGGCUGAAGACUCCACCAGACAACAGAGAGGCCAGCAGCCAAACACCAGAUCACCUACAGCAGGUAGUGGAAGAGCUGGAUGGCCCCUGUCUUGAAUGGGAUGAGGAAUAUUUGUUGUCUGAGUCACCUCCUUUACAAGAGUUCAGACCUGAUCAGCAGAUACUUCAGCAGAUGCUUCAGGAGCUGGAUGAUGAAACAGAGCUGCAGGCCUUAAAAGAGGAGGAGGAGGACCAGACAAAAACCAUGACGGACAAGAUCCAGGGACUCAUGGAAAGGACUGAGAAAGAGGGUGAAGCAACGCAGGAUUCAGGAGUAGAAACGGAAGAACUACAAAGAGACACUACUCUCUCCCCAACAGCUCUACCAGAUGACAUCACUGAAUUGCAAGGUGAGAAAACUCCAUUUGUGGGCGAGGCUGGAAUGCAGAGGACUUGCGCAUCUCCCAAGGAGGAAUCCAGACUCCCAGAAUGCACUGGGCCCGAAGACACCCACGAGCAGGCUGCUCCUCUGCCUCACACCCACAAUGACCCAUCACUAAGCUCUGAGACACCCCAUGAGCAGGUGACCUCAAUCCCAGACCUCAGUUCAUGUCCUGGACUCUCCUCCCUUGUUACAUCUGAGAUGAUAUCUCUCUCCACAGCUCAGUCUGAAGCAGAUGAAUUCAUUUCUUUGACUGGAAGGAGCCAACAGCAGUCUGCGGCCACAAACAGAGGACUUGAGGGAAAGUUUGCGGCGGCCACAGCGGACAUUAGUGACUUACAGAAACUGAGAGAGGGCCAGCUAUCUGAAGUGUCUGCAAAUUCGGAGAGUAGUCUAUUGUUGCCAGUAGUGGAGGAAGAGGAGGUAAUGCCUGAGGCAGUGGGACUGAACUCACCAGACAAAUACAAAUCAAACUGUACAGUGACCACACCUGGAUCAAACCCAGCAGCCACAGAUGACCAACCGAAGGAUCUUUCUGACAAGUCAAAGGAUGAAAGUGAUCUUCCAACAGUCCCUGCUGCACACGGCUCCAGUAUAGUGACUCUACCUCUGAUUUACAAGCUCAAGAAGGAAAAGACCCACAGUAUGGAAUCCAUUGAGGAACAAAAAGCACAAGAGGACAGCAAGGCUUCAGUCACCACAGAAAAAGAAGAUAACACAUCUGUCAUUUCUGAAAAUGCCAGCAAUUCCACCACCAAAGAUGACAAGAACAGACUGUCACCAAGUGACAAAGAGAUUGAGGCUGAGUUCCACCGUCUUUCUCUGGGCUUCAAGUGUGACAUGUUCACCCUAGAGAAGAGGCUCCGCAUGGAGGAACGCUCUCGGGAUCUAGCCGAAGAGAACGUCCGCAAGGAAGUGACCAGUUGUCAAGGCCUACUGCAGGCCCUGAUUUCACAGUGUGAGGAGGAUAACCAGUCUAUGGAGAUCAUUCAUCGCUUGCAGAAUAACCUGGAAGUCCUCAUCCAGUCCAUGACCAGAGUUUCUAGUCGUUCAGAGAUGCUUGGGGCCAUUCAUCAGGAGAGCAGGGUGGGUAAAGCGGUGGAGGUGAUGAUUCAGCACGUAGAGAACCUGAGGAGAAUGUACACCAAGGAGCAUGCAGAACUUUUAGACCUCAGGGAGAACCUCAUGCCGAACGAGAGGUCCUUAGGGUCCCACAUUGAGAGGGAUGAUUUUAGGAACAAGAAGCAUUCAUCCACACAAUUUUUCAAAGUCACUAGCCGACGCAUUAGUAUAGCUGCCCUGCCCCGCAGCAGUGGAGGACACACCCAUUUUGACAUGCUCAAAGACACCGCAGAGAUGGAGGUAGAGAGACUCUCUCGCCGGUCGCCAUGGAACAUGGCAGCCAAGAGGCCACCGCUAAAGCGCUUCAUUAGCUCGGGCACUUGGGCUGACAUUGACGAGCCAACUCUGAUGAGUAGGUAUGGAUAUGACACUGAUUCGCACUCCGAAGUGGAGCAGAUAGAGGAACCAGAGGACAGAAGGACUAGGAUAACUGACCUAGGCAACAAAAUCACCUCCUUCAUAAUGCCAGCCAAGACCCCCAGCCCCAGCCCCAGCCCAACAGAUCGCACUGCUCCCAGUCUGACAGAGGUGAGGCCUGCAGUGUCUAGAGGCACUAGAGGUGUUUGGAUUUGGAUGGCCUUGUUUGUAGUGCUAGCUGCUCUCCUGGCCCUGUUGGCGAGCUUGAUGUUACAGCCAGCAGUGGAUGCAGCACCUGUGGGUACUGGGGAAUCGUGGAUGGCCAUCCAGCAGCUUCUGUGGCCCUACACAGGGCUCAGGCACAACGGCCAACCUCCUGUGUAACAGACAGCAGGCUGUCAGCUUCCGGUGAAUGAGAGUUUGACCUGUACGCACUUACAUAAAGACACUCGGAGACAAAGAACUCUGAAGUAGAAUAUAAGAGCUACAACACUGCUGACUAUACAUCUAUUAGAACACUUUGUGAUAAUUUCUUACUGAUGGGAAAGAGAAAUGUGGGCGUCUUAAAAGGGACGUGCUGAAAACGGUGUACUGCUUGGAGCUUCGUAGAGAUGCUGUGUACAGAAAGUGUUGUGUUGGCAGUGUUUAAUAUAUAUAUAUAUAUAUAUAUAUAUAUAUAUAUAUAUAUAUAUAUAUAUAUAUAUAUUGUUUUAUGUUAGUACUGACCAAUCACACUAUAAAUGUACAUUUAGGUGAGAUGUGCAGACUGCCCGUAGAGGCAGUUGAGGAUUCCUUUUUAAAGCUUUUUUUCUUCAUCGGUGUGUUUUUUAUCACCAGAUUGAAAGAGUAUUGAGAUGCCCUUUUAAAAAAAUGUUUUUAUUAAGUUAACUUAUUGUUUUACAGUUUUAUUGCUGUAGAUAUAUUUGUCUUUUUUUUUAUAUUGUUUCAAACAUGUGGUUUUUAAUCCCCAUUAAUUCAUACACUUUUGUUACACAAGAGGGGGAGAGAGACUUUGCACAAUAAAAGAAACUGAUCCAACUAAUAUCAAUAUUUACUGCAAAAAAACUAAAUAGAUCCUGAGGCUUCAGUCAAUCUACAUAAACUCAUGCCUGAUGUUAUGAUUGCAUGUUCAAAGCGGUAAAAUAAAAUUAGGUAAAUGGAAUCAAUUUCUAAUACCCUCGAAUUCGAACUAUGAAUUUCUUUAAGGUAAAUCUUACAAAAACAAAUAAAAAAAUAAAAUAAAGAUAAUAUUUUACUUAAAAUGAAGCAUAUUUUUAUGAUCAUUAUGAUAUUUUGCAAUAUACCAAUGUUGUGGAAUUAAUUGUCAUGGCAAUUCUAAUUCUUCAUCUUAAAUUAAAAUGUAGGACAACAAAUAAAAACAUUUUUCAUAUUACAGUAUGAAAAUUAUUAUUUUAUUUGUUUUAGUACAAUCGUGAGAAAAUGUGCUUCACUGUAAUUGAAAUGGGUGACAUUAUUUCCACGAACGCAAUGGUCACUCUGGUUGAGCUCCAGAGGUCAUGUGUGGAGAUGGGAGAAACUUGCAGAAGUAUGACCAUCACUGCAA